AUGAUUCGAGGAUUUGAGCAUUUCGUUACGCUUACUCUACUUGCUGAAGCACUAAGGAAAACUCAUUUGGCUGUUAUGCGGGUUAAUGUGGCGCAAGUUUCUGAAGAUGCGGAUUACGUGAAGGUUCGCAAUAUGUGCGACAAUAGUCAAGGGUGGAAAGAAGUGUACCACAAAAAGAUGAUUACUGUAUACGCUCAAAAAGUGCCUAGCAGUAAUUUUCAAAUGAUAAAAGCUGUCGCAAAAUUCCCUGACGUGACCUCUGAUGUUGCUUACGAUGUCUUACAUGAUUCAACCUAUCGAGACCACUGGGAUCGACACAUGGCGGCACAGUGCUACAUUGGAAUGGUCAACGGAAAUAGCGAUAUUGAAUACUACGCAAUAUCUGGAAUCCCACCGGUACGCGCCCGUGAUUUCGUUAUGCAACGUUCAUGGCUUGACACCGGAUAUGAGAAAUUGAUUUUUAGUCAUUCAGUUUGUCACCAGGAUUACCCCCCAGUGAAAGGCUAUAUUCGCGGCACUGCAUUACUCACUGCCUAUCUUGUUCGGCCAUUCAAUAAGGAAGGUUGUCAGAUCACAUAUAUAAGCCACUUAGAUCCUAAGGGAAAGCUGCCCACAUGGUUGAUAAAUCGAUUGACGCGUGUGAUUGCGCCUAAGAUAGUCAAAAGACUGCAUAAAGCAUGUAUUGCUUACCCUGAGUGGAAAAAACACAACCAGCCCAAUUUUAAACCUUGGAUUUACGCCGAGCAGCAGGUGGAUUUCCCUCGAGUAGAUUUGGCAAAGUGUCAUGCUCAGGAGUAUGAACAGGAAGUGACAGACGAAUCAACUGCUCCUCCAAAGGUUGCCGAUGAUGAAGAUGAAGACUGAUUUAUUUUUACGCUUCCUCCCCCUCCCUUGCCUGCUUAUUGUCAAUCCAGUCUUUCGUCUAUACAACUUCUGAAACGCUUCAAUCACGUCAUUACUGAUAAGCAACUUUCCGAAUACAUAAUCAUGACAGACUAGCUUCUCAGUACCUAAAACAUAUCAUUGUCAACUAUUGCUCCUCCAAACCAUUCUUUCUUGCAUAAAGUCCCACAGAUGAUUAAUUAACUGUGGGUUGGGUUGUGUUACCUUAACCUUGUCCUUUGCGG